AUGAGGAAACACUGGGAGCUACUGCCUAUGCUUCCUUUGAGCACUCAGCAGGGCGAUCUGGUACAGGCCAGAGAAGCUGGGGAAGGCAGACUGCCACCAGUGUCAGUUCGCAAUUCUGACUGGUCCCUCCAACAGGACAGCUCUAUGUUCAGGGAGCCAGAUCCACCAGUCAACUCAGUCAGUGACUCAGGCCACCAGCCAAUGGAGGGCUAUGAGGAAACCUCUCUUCAGGUUCCUCCAGGCUCAAGCUUGGGCCUGCCUUGCCUGGAUAUCAAGCAAGCCUCAAACUGGCCUGGGUUUCAGAACCUCCUUCAGCAGCUUCCUCCACAGGACAGUGAUGAGCGCUACUGUCUGGCCCUAGCAGAGGAGGAGCUGGUCCAACUGCGAUUCUUCUGUGCCCAGCGGAAGCAGCAAUCCCUAGGGCAGGGGGUGGCCCGCCUGCUGCCUCCCAAGCUUGAAGGAUACACCUGUGAGAAGUGCAAGAAGCUGCUGAAUCCAGGAGAGUACGGGGUGUUUGCGGCCAGGGCUGGUGAGCGGUGCUGCUGGCACAGACCUUGUUUUGCUUGCCAGGCCUGUGGUCAGGCCCUGAUAAACCUCAUCUACUUUUACCACGAUGGGCAUCUCUACUGUGGCCGCCAUCAUGCAGAGCUGUUGCGACCUCGAUGUCCUGCUUGUGACCAGCUGAUCUUCUCUCAGCGCUGCACCGAGGCCGAGGGACGGCGCUGGCAUGAGAACCACUUCUGCUGCCAAGACUGCGCCGGGCCUCUGGGUGCAGGACGUUAUGCCCUGCCCGGAGGCAGUCCCUGCUGCCCCAGCUGCUUCGCGAGCCGCUACCAGAGUGCAGGCCCUAGCUCAGUGGGGGCACUGGAAGGGCAAGCGUCCCUUGGGGAAACAAGACCCGAUCCAAGCAUCAGCUGGAACUGUGCCUCCUCGGAUGACAAAAUCACCUCCCGAGCUGCGCUUCCCUCUACAGUCGCUAGCCCCACCCUAGAACACCGGAGCGGGGCGUCCAAAAGGCAGGACCGAGGCCGCCCACAGACGCCCAGAAACCCCAAAGAUGACAGCCCCUGCCCUACCUGCUCCUCUUCCUCCGAGUCGGAACCCGAAGGUUUUUUCUUCGGCCAGCGCCUUCCAGGUCCCUGGAAGACCCCCGAAAACCUCCAGGCAGGUGACAGAGACAUCUCCAGGAAGCACUGCACCAUUUGUUAGUGGCGCGGCCCAGAGAUGGGGUAGAGGGAUGGGGGACCUGUAAACAGGAUAACCAGACUGCUGUGUAAAAGACCCUGGACUGGAGGCAGGCACGCGGGACAGUCCCACCCACACGGCACACUCUCUAACCUGGAGAAAACUUUCUUGGGGACACACCACUGCCCAGAACUUCCUGGGUGAGCCAGCCCCUAUCCCCUCGCGCUUAGCCCCACCGUCAGCACCUUGCUUAAACUAACCGAGUGGUGGAACAGCGCGGCUAACGGGCUCCAGG